UUGCACAACUUCUUCCACACCAACUUCUUCUAAGAUCCACUUCUUUAACAUCCACUUCUGCAUUGGCAUAUAAAUUCUACUUUACCACAAAUCAUGUUCCAUAUUUUAUGAUUAAUGCAUUUAAAUCCCAAGACGAGACAAAAGAUGCACUUGAUUUCGUAGUAGCAAUUUUAGGAUUGGUUGAAUAUAAUGAUACAAUAGGAAUUAAGGAUAGUAAAAGUUUAUAUAGUUUUGUCGGAAAAGAUACAUUAUGGAGUAAUAUUAGAAAAACUGCCGAUGAAGCUAAUGGACUAAAAGGAAUUGAAACUACUUUAAUCGCUCAUGAUCAACCAGAAAGUAAUUUAAAUGUUACGAUUUCUGCUUAUGCUACUGGAAACACAACAACAAUAAACAAAAAUGGAAUCACGCUUAAACCAUCUCAAAUUAAAUAUUCUCUCGAGUUUAAUAACUUUCCUUACAUUUAUCAAAAUUCUAAAAUUUCUAUAAUAAAAAUGAUAUUAUCUAAAUCAUUAUUUACUUACAAUAACUCAACAGCUUUCACAUCUGAUUCUGGAAAAUUUGAAUGGAAUUCAACAAUUUUAGCUGAUUCUAAUAAAGUGGAUGUUCAAGUCGAUCAAAAAAUAAUAUUUCAAGCGAACCACACAUUCGAAAAUGUCAACGUCGAUAACACAACAGCACAAGCCGAAGUGACUUUAAAAUUAUUAGCAUUCAAUGUUCAGGCUUUGCAACCUAAAAAUGUUUUGUGGGAUCCAACAUUUGAUGUUAAUGAUUCCAGCGACAAUUCAACCAAUACAAGUAAAAGUAGUGGAAAUCGAUUAUUUGGAGAUGCUUAUUUUAUUGGAAAAGUGGGCUGGAUCUUAACUAUUAUAUUAACAAGCGGAUUUUUAUUUAUUUAG